AUGGAAGUCUCUAAUUACAGACCAAUAUCCCUUCUUCCAGUCAUAGCCAAGAUCCUAGAACGAAUAGUGAACAAGAGGCUGCUCUCAUUUUUAGAAACGCAAUCGCUCAUUUCCUACAACCAAUUCGGGUUCAGAAAACAAAGAUCUACUGCAGACGCUGUCAGUAAUCUUACUGAGCAUAUAAGCGAGAAAUUGGAUAUGGGGCAGGUAUGUAUAGGUGUCUUCUUAGACCUCGCAAAAGCCUUCGACACGGUCUCACGCUGCAUUUUGCUGCGAAGAAUGAAACUGUUAGGAGUGAGAGGGGUGGCUCUGCAAUGGUUUGCAUCCUACCUUAAGGAUAGGCAACAGCGUGUUAGCCUUAGGGGAUACACAAGUCACAAGAAAUACGUCAGAUUUGGAGUACCACAGGGCAGUGCACUUGCACCGACCCUCUUUUUAAUAUAUAUCAACGACCUGUGCAGUCUGCCACUGGACAACGGAAAUAUUUAUUAA